CAUACAUUCAGAGCCAGAAGGACAGUAAACCUCAAUUCCAGAAACAAUGAACAUUCAACGAGAUAUCGGAGGUGAAAAGUUUAAGAAUUAUAAAGACUAUUCUUAUUGUUUGAGUGGCAAGCUAGAUCUCAACCUCAGAGUGCGAAUAAGUUUACUAGAAUGGAAGCCAAAAAGGCCGCAUCUGGAUGCUAGCACAGUUCCAUACUCGGCAGAGAAGAGGAGUCCCUAUCCGGAUCUCUACGUGACAUGCCAGGUGUUUGCGGGUGACCAACCAUUAACAAUUGUCCUGAAGACUUCUUACAAGCCUAUGUCAAGCAAAUUCACUUGGAAUGAAUGGAUCGUUCUCCCAAUCAAGUAUAAAGACUUACCCCUGAAUGCUCAAUUGGCCUUUACGGUAUGGGAUGCAGCCUCUCCUCGGAAAGUGGUGGCUGUGGGUGGCUCGACUUUGCGGCUAUUCGGUCCUUUCAAUAUCAUUCGGACAGGACCUCAAAAACUGUAUAUGUGGCCGGACUGUGAAGCAGAUGGAAGUGAGCAUACCAAGACACCAUCAGAUACUGGAGAGAGAACGGAAAUGGAUCGAUAUGAAAAGCUGCUAAAAAAGCAAGACCGUGGUGAUAUCCCAAGGACAGAUUGGCUUGACAACCUCGCGUAUCGACAGAUAGAACAGAUCCAUAAGAAACUUGCAGCACAGUCCGAUAAGAUGCUUCUCAACGUUGAUUUACCACGGUUCGACUUCCCUGUCAUCUUUGAUGAGCAUGAGUAUGAAUUUAAGCCCCACCCUAUAUCCAACAGCUUUGGUGGACCUGCAGCCGCAGGCUCAACGCCUUUGGUUCAUGGGAACAGCAGCUCAGGAAAUCCCAUCUUCACAGUUGAGGAUCCUGAAAUGACCAGGGAAAAUCCAGUAGAAGCUAAGCACAGGAGAAUGGUUCGAAGUCACCGUAAUACUCCUUUAGAUAGAGAAUUAAAGCCUAAUCCCAAGAUUCGCGACGAACUAGCGCAAAUUUUACGAUACCCCCCAUCACACUCGCUUACAGCCGCAGAAAAAGAUCAACUUUGGGAAUUCAGGUUCUAUCUUACUCGGGACAAGCGGGCUUUAACAAAAUUCUUGAAAUCAGUCGUCUGGAGUGAUCCUGCGGAAGCCAAGCAGGCAGUAGACCUGCUUCCCACAUGGGUCGGUGUAGACGUAGACGACGCGUUGGAGUUGCUGGGAUCAUCAUUUGAGAACCGUGAAGUGAGAUCAUAUGCUGUAACGCAACUUCGGAGCGCAAACGACGAUGAUCUACUGCUGUUUCUACUGCAACUGGUACAGGGCUUAAAAUUCGAGCAAAUUGACGACAACUUUGGUGAAUCAAACUUGGCAGCAUUUUUAAUUGAGCGAGCUGUCAAGAAUCCUAUCCUUGGUAACUACUUUCAUUGGUACUUGAUGAUUGAAUGUGAAGAUGUGGCGGUUAGUAAGAUGUAUGGAAAAGUGGUAUAUCAGUACAUGUCUAUGAUGGCUGCCUCAGGGAUCCAGCGUCGAGAGAGUUUGCGACGUCAAGGAGAGCUGAUUCAGACCUUGGCGAAUUUAGCGAAAAGUAUCAAGCAAAUGAGGGAGUCUCGUCCAAAAAAAAUUGAAAAAUUACGCGAGUUUAUUUCAGAUCCCAAAAAUGGGUUGAUAUCGUUCCUGCCAUUGGCAUUGCCCCUGGACCCAAGGGUAGAGGUCACUGGUAUCAUACCAGAAAAAACCAGUAUCUUUAAAAGUAACUUGCUGCCUUUGCAUCUCACAUUCUCAUGCACUGAUGGAAGCCAAUACCAAGCAAUUUUCAAAUCCGGUGAUGAUUUGAGGCAAGACCAAUUGGUGAUCCAGCUCAUCACACUUAUGGAUGAUCUGUUGAGGAAAGAAAACUUAGACCUUAAGUUGAUGCCAUACAAGGUGCUUGCUACAGGUGCCGACCACGGAAUGGUCCAGUUUGUGCCAUCACAGUCGCUGGCCAAUGUCUUGAACGAGAACAACGGCAGUCUGCUGAUGUUCUGGAGAAAGUAUCAUCUAGACGAACGGAGCGUGGACACGUUUGGAGUUCGGCCUGAGGUGAUGGAUGCUUAUGUCAAGAGCUGCGCUGGCUACUGUGUGAUAAUGUAUCUGCUCGGUGUUGGCGAUCGCCAUUUAGAUAACUUGCUUCUAUCGCCCAACGGAAAUAUAUUCCACGUAGACUUUGGGUUUAUCCUUGGACGAGACCCGAAGCCAUUUCCUGCGCCUAUGAAGAUCACGAAGGAAAUGGUAGAUGCCAUGGGUGGCUUUAAUUCUGUUCACUACCAGAGCUUCAAGUCAUAUUGCUUCACAGCCUAUAACAUCCUAAGGAAAUCCGCCAACCUUAUUCUAAAUCUGUUUGGGCUGAUGGUGGAUGCAAACAUUCCUGAUAUCAAAGCCGAACCAGAUAAAGCUGUUUGGAAGGUUGAAGAGCGUUUCCAAUUGAAUCUGACGGAUGAUGAAGCAAUCAAAUUCUUCCAGAAUCUAAUCAACGAAAGUGUGGGCGCACUCAUACCUCAAAUUGCUGAGACGAUCCACGGGUGGGCCCAGCAUUGGAGAAAAUGAAAAAUAAUAAAUUCAGAACUUGCUUCAUUUAGG